AUGAAGUUACUGGUGCUUUUUGGAUUUUUCUCCAGCGCGCUCCUGGCGAGCGCCCUGGAAGAUCCGGAUUUAAUCCGCCAUGGCGGAGAUGCUAAAGCUUUGGCUUUAGGCUUGCCGCCGUCGGGAGGAUAUCACUCGCACUCUCAUUCGCACUACGCCCAUUCGGCGCCGGUGUAUCAUGCGCCAGCUUAUCAUAGCUACCAUUCCGCACCUGUAGUACACUCAGCCCCGGUUUACCACCAACAACAAGUUGCGGCCCCAGUGCUUAAACUUCACCACCAUCCUCAAAGUUAUGCCGUCACCAAAGGCUUAAGCGAUUUUGGUGGACAACACUAUGCGAAACUUGCGCAUGUUGCUCAUGUUGCCCCAGUGGCUAAAAUUGCUACUCCAGUGACUUAUGCCGCUGCAACUACUCAUUCCGUCUCUUCCGGAUAUCACUAUCCAGCUCCAUCGAAACAACUUGCUCUUCCGGUAGCCGUCAAAGAACCUGACAACGGAUAUCUCCCAUCUCUUCCUGGAACCUUUAAAUCUUAUUCUUCCGGAAAUUCUUAUGCUCAUAUCUCUGCUCCGGUUGUUUCUAAGUUGACUUAUUCUGCCCCUGCCCCCGCCCCAGUUUACAACUAUAAGGUUGCUGUACCAGCACCUGUUGUGAAAUAUACUCCAGCUCCUGCUCCAGUUGUCAAAUACACUGCACCAGUUAUUAAUUAUCAUGCUCCCGCGCCAGUGGUCAAGUAUGAAGCUCCAGUUAUUAAGUACGCCGCUCCUGUAGUGAAAUAUGAAGCUCCUGUAGUUAAACAAGUAUAUCAAGCCCCGAGUUAUCAUCAUGAUGCCCAUGCCAGCAGUCACAGUUAUCAGCAAUAUGCUUCUCAUAUUUCCCACGUGGCUCCGGCCAAGAUUGUUGCUCCGAUUGCUCCGGUUCAUCACCAUGUUCCGGUAUAUCAACAUCAUGCUGCUCCGGUGCACCAUGUUGCUCCCAUCAAGGUUGCUGUCCACUCUGAUGAUCAUCAUCACACUCAUCAUUACGAACAUGGCGAGGACCAGAGCAAAUAUUAUGAUGCUCAUCCACGUUACGCCUUCGAAUAUGGCGUCGAGGAUCAUCACACUGGAGACAUCAAGAAUCAAAAGGAGGAGCGUGAUGGCGACAAUGUUACCGGUUCGUACUCUCUAGUGGAACCCGAUGGCAAUGUGCGUACUGUGCAUUAUCAGGCUGACUGGAAAACGGGCUUCCAUGCUCAAGUGACCAACUCCAAGAAGCACUAAUCAUAGGACGAAAAAGCGCGCUUUCUUCUUAAAACCCGUAGUAUUUAAUUGAUAACUCAUAGUUACCAACACGUUAUUUUUUCUACAAAGUUACCAUUUUAACUAUUUUUGUACGCAAAUGUUUAUUUUUUAUUUAUAGAAGUUACCCUAGUCUUAAGAUAAAACAAAACGAAACAUAAGAAUACAUGUCA